UGUUUUCCUUCCCACCUUACAAUAUGAUACCCCAUCCCUCCAAUCAUGAAACCGCGCUCUACGAAUGUAUAUACCUCAUCGUUUCAAAUGCCCGCACGGGCAGAGCCAUUCUAUUUGAAAUGAAAAGAAUAAAUUCCCCUCCCUUCCACCUCAAUGCCCGGAGGUGGGUGGUCAGUGAAGCUGGGCUAGGAAAGAGUAUGAAGCAAGACUUCGCCUCCUUCUUCAAUCCUUUAUUUUUCGCUUCGACAGCCGCAGCGGUACUCUUGCAUCCUGCUCAUGUGAUCGAGUGAGAUCGAGACCAACAAGCAAAGAAAGAAAGCUAGUGAGCAAGAGGGAGGGCGGUUAAAAAUAUUAUAUUUUGUUUUAGGGGUCGAAGGGAGUUUUUUUCAAGAGGCUUGGUAUUGGUCUUUUUACUCUUACUACUUCCGGUGAGCACGCUAGGGGUUUGUGGGAGAUAAAGAGGAGGGGAAAGAAGGCGACGGUGGAGCACAGGCUGGAUCUCGACUUCAAAAAUUGUAUCGCCAUUAUUCACAGUACUAGAGAGCGUCAAUACUAUCAUACCACCGCACCGCCAACGUUACCGCUAUUGUCGCCGGCUGCAAACCACCAAGCAGACAAACCGGAUACUUACCGACGGACGGGGGAACCCCGCUCACGACAAUUCACGCAGUGUCACCACCACCACCACCACCACUAACACCACCAUUAAGCUACUAAACAAUCUAACAAAGACCCACCAAAAUGUCAAUCUGGGCCUCCAAACCCACCCCGCCAACGCCCCCGCUCCACACGACCGGAAAAACUUACCACUCAACCCUCCUCCUCCUCCUCGCACACUCCCUCGAGCCAUUCCCAGCACCGGCGCCGGACCCUGGCCAAAUAAUCGAAGUUCCCUCGCUCCUGCCGCCGCCCCCGCACCGGCGCACAUUUCCAGCUGCGUCCGCGCCCUCGCGUGGAAGGAGCACCCGCGUGUCGGUGAGGAAGGACAGUUCCUGGUGGGAGGAGCACGGCGGUGAAGCGCUCCGGGUGAGGGAGGAAGUUGACGACCUCCAGCAUGACUUGAGGCUCGCAGCCCGGUUGCAGAAUCGGGUUUUGGAAAUUGAAGAGGGGGGGAGGAGGGCAAUAUGGGGCAGCGGGGCGCCACUAGGGAGCGCGGAAGAGAUUAAAGUGCUGAAGAAGGAGUGGGAGGGAGCAGUCGCGGGGGUUGUUGCGCUUUCGCGACGUAAACAAAUCGCUACAACACCAUCUACACCUCGAACACCACUCCCAGCAAUUCCCUCCCCCGACGCGUCAACAGGAUUACCCACCCCCCGCUCAAGCGGAACUCCACGAAUUUCUGAGGGCUGGUUCAGGGACAGUCGGCGGAGCCUUGGUUUCGACACAUCGCCUUCGAUAAAAUCGCAGGAAGUAUCUGAACACCGUAAACGGAGGAGCGCUGGGAACGGGGACGUGCUUACCCCGCCACCAUCCCCGCCACCUUUAUGUAGCGGAGGAGAAACGCGGGAGAGGGAUAGUGCGGCAGAGUUGCCAAAGUUCGAGUACAUCCCUAUUAAGGUACCACCUUUGGUUAAGUAUCCCAUUUGAAUAGGCAGCUUGGCGGGGGUUGUGGGUUUAUGUUAGAUGGGGAUGAGUCGGGAUGGAGCGAGAGUUUAUAAACGGGGCGUUGGGGAUUAUUUCGUGAUUUGUGCAUAUCUAUCAUAGGCUAGACUGGGUGGGAUGGACAGGAUUGGGUGGGACGGGAUAUUGCGAUAUCCUUUAUUAAAUUUACUAAAUUUGUUUAUUAUCUGGGGGGGUUCUACAAUAC